AUGGAAUCCGAUGAUGUGGCCGCAUUCGAACAUAUCUCCCCGCCGGAACAAAUUACCUCUCCUGAAUCAAUGAAAGAUGACAUUCAGCUCAAGCCUUAUGUAUCCAGAGAGACACUACCAAAAGGUAUCAUGGACUCUGUGCUCAACUUCCUUUCAACCUCUAGCAACGAAUCGAUUCUUGGUGUUUUGGCUCUGUCAGCUAUAGUGACCUACAUUGUCCUGGGAAGAGUUGGACUGCUAUUGAUCGGUAUAGCACUGGGUGUGGUACUUCAUGCAUCAUGGGAGGGUCCAUCUCAUAUCACAGGGCCUGAUGGAUUGCAAAUACCUAAGAAACGGGGAGAGCUAGCUCUUGAAGUUUCUAAGAGGUUAUUGGAGUGGCGCAAACAGCCCGGCGAAGAUGCAGGAACAAUUAUAAUUGAAUCAGACGACAUGUCGACCUCUGAUCUUGAAUACACAUCAUUUCGACCAGCGAUCGCUUAUGCGCUAAAGUCCCUCACUGAUGCAGUCCUCAAGGAUUAUGUGAAAUAUUGGUACGAACCAAUCCUUCCAAACGAAUCGACAUUCCCAGACUCUUGUCGAAGAACCUUGACCCACUUCGUGACAACUAUAUCGUCCCAUCUGUCGCGCAAACGAACAGAGGACACUUUCUUACAAUUCCUCACAAAUUCCUCCUCCAUCAUCAUUGUUUUCUUGAAUGAACUCGCUGCAGCAUUCGCUACUCCAAAGUCUUCGGCACUAGAUGCGAAGACAGUCGUUGACCAAUAUCUCGAGAACGCCCCAGAAAGCAGUCUGGCUAACGUGUUGUCAGAAGAACAGCAGCGGAAAAAGUUCAAGAUGAUUGCAGAGGAUAUCCUCUCAAGCUUCCUCGAUUCAAAGACAUACAGUUGCCCCCCUGUCAGGCAAUUUCUUCGAGAAAUAUUUUCUGGGAUAGUACUCGAGUCAACCGUGAAAAGUCUCUCUCGGCCCGAAUUUAUUAAUGAGUGGAUUAUUUAUCUAUUACAAGACGGCGAGUCUGAGCUUAUGCAUGCGAUCGAUGCGGGCGUCGAAGGUGCACGAAAUCAGAGCAUCAAAAAAGUGUCCGAGGAUGCAAAGGGUGCAGUCUUUAAAGAACCCCUAACACCAGUCGACGUAAGCCAAGACCAGCAAAUAGACAAGGCAACACAGGAAGCGAUUCAAGAAUCGAAGCGUUUGAGUGCGUUGAUUGCAUCCCAGAAUAUCCAGGGCACAGUCCCUGAACCACCUGCUCAGAACCAGGGCCAGGAAUUACCUUCUACGGAUGCCGAUGAACCCAUCGGCUUGGUAACUGAUUCUAUCAAUCCUGAACAACAAGCGAGUAUUCUGCCUUUGACAGAUGCUUCAUCCUCAACUUCCCUGAAAACCUCAAUGUCUAUUUCCAGCAAAGAAGUUCCUGCCAUCAUCCUUCACGGGGCCCGUAUCACAGUCGAUGAUGAUGCCGCAGGUAAUGAAAUGGGUGUAAUUAAAUCACGGCCCACAUCGGACUAUCUACUACAGGUUGAACCAACAUCUACUCGCUCUACAGGAUGGAUGGUAUUCCGGAAAUACUCAGACUUCCAAUCUCUGCAUGAAACAUUGGCGACAGUGUCGCGAUUAAACCAGGUUAGGGAUUUCUCUGAGCAGUUUCCUGUCCUACCUGUCUGGAAGGGCAAGACCAGACACAAUCUGUGCCGGGAGUUAGAGCGAUAUAUGCAGGAAGCCAUGAAGCAUGAACCUCUCGCCGAAACUGACCGCAUGCGACGAUUUUUAGAAAAGGAUAGUGGACCUGCUGAAAGCCCUGCAAAACCUGUCUUCUCUUUCCCAAGUCAGAGUGCUUUUGAGAACAUGGGUAAGGGUGUGCUGGGUGCCUUGACUAAUGCUCCCAAGGGUGUUGCUGGUGGCAGCAGAGCGGUAUUUGACGGCGUGACUGGGGUCUUUGGCGGCUCUGCUCAAAACAGGAAGCGAACUAAUACCUCUGACCAACAGUCUCAGUACCGGAAAAGUACAUCGAAAUCCGAUGACGACAUUAUUGCUCUUCCCACCGACAAACAAUUGGGCCGAGUUGACUCUUCACUAUCGGAUCUCAAGCUGGAAAACUCCUCUACUUCCCUGGUGAAAAGUGAAAGUGGAGAAUCUUCUAUAUUGGUAUCUUCACCAAUUGGCUCCUCGGAGUUCUCAGGAGAGGAAAAUCACAAACAGUCUUCAAUCAGCGAAAUCAACGACGGCAGUCAUCUGGCUGCCAAGGAGCGAGAUUCAUGGGCCUCAGGUUCAAUGCUUGGGACAUCCGAAGACAGAACAUCCAUUGAAUCUGGCAGUCGUGCAGGAGAUGCAGGCAUAGAAGAUACCGCCUCAUCAUUGGCACAACUUACCAGUGAACCAGAGCCCAGUGUUCUUGAGAGCGUCCCCAACAAUGCAGUUAGAAAACAGAAUCCUAUCACUAUAGACGAGACCCAGAUGGCAGUGGAACUGAUCUUUGCCGUCAUAAACGAGCUCUAUACAUUAUCAUCUGCAUGGAACAUCCGUCGAACCUUGUUGACUGCGGCCAAAUCCUACAUUCUACGUCCAGGAAGUCCAACCCUUGAAACAAUCCGAACCUUGCUCCAAGAAUCCAUGAUUGAAAGCCAUACAUCAGACGACGCACUCGCUGAAUAUCUGAGGAAACUCCGGGAGAACGCUCUUCCAACGGAGGCAGAAUUGAAAGCAUGGCCUUCGCCGCCUAAUGAGGAAGAGAAGGAGCAACUACGAGAAAAAGCUCGACGGCUGUUCGUCCAGAGAGGUAUACCUCAAGCACUGACAAGUGUUAUGGGCGCAGUAGCCAGUCGGGAAGCCCUGGAGAAGAUCUUUGAUAGUCUACAGGUGGAGACUGUUGCCCGGGGAUUUGUCUUCUCCCUUCUCAUUCAAGGACUGCGCGUGCUGACACUGUAA